AUGACGCGCGGCGAGGGCACCCAGAACAAGAUUCACUACAAGGGAAGCAGUGACGACUUCCUUGUCUUUGUCGACGACACCGAAGCGUACAAGAAGUGGACACAUGAUUCGAGCAUCCCACUCGCUCACUUUGUUUCGACCUUCAAGGUAUUUGUGACGCACAAGCAAGGAGCUCAAGGCCAGUACGACACAGCACCCAGGAACAUUCUCUCAUCCGAGUUCAACACGGAGGACGAGGAGGAGGCGAUCAAGUUCAUCCUGAAGAAUGGCACCCUCCAGACGGUCGAUAUGCCCGGUCGCCAAGGAAACUCCAAUGAUUCCAUGAGCUCCAUGAGGGUCAAGUAA